AUGGCCACCUCCGCCGAUAUCAGUUGGGAAGAAAACUUAACAGCUCAUUGGAUGUCCAGUGCCUCCCGGGCUGGAGUCAUAUUAAACCCAUGUCUCCCUAGUUUGAGAACCUCUCGAGCAGUCAAUAUUGAAAAUGCCUCCUUGAGUUUUGCCGUGAACUCGCUAUGCAGUUCAAGCUGCGCUUCUCUGAGCGAAGACUCUCUGCACGGGGAAGACGCCUCGGAGUCUUGCAGUCCUUGUGAAGAACAGCUGGAUGCGGCUAAAACGCCUUUUCCAUUUACGUUGGCGAAGAAGCAGCCAGUGCUAAUGGUUAAAGAAGGUCCAGCCCCGUGCAAAGCCCUGCAAAAUGAUUCUGAAUGUAGUCAACAGGAUGAUAUGCAUGAAAGAUGUUGCAAGGAGCCACUAACACAGAAGCUUGAGCAGCUGAAAGGACUGCAGCAGCUCAAGCAAGAAGAGCUGAAAAGGCAGCAAAUGGAGCAAAUUCAAAGGCUAAGGGAAGAGCAACAGAAACUACUUUCCCUGGUUUCUGAGCAGCAAGCACACACCGGUGUUGCUGUAACAGAAGAUGACUCAGGCCGACAAUAUAGUCAGUCAGCUCGCUUGUCCCCUGCACCUUAUUUCCUGCCCUGUCGUGGUGGAAACAGUGUUUCCUGGGACAGCACGUCUUGUGUUUCUCCUGCUGGACAAAAGGAUCCUCUGCAAAUAUUAAGCGAUGAUCAAAUAUCAAAAGGAAUUUCCUCUGGAGAUCCUUCCUAUGAGAAUCAGUUAUUUGAAAUGCAGAACAAAUUGGAGGCUGCAGACAAAACUUCCAUUUCAGGAAGCAGCGGUAGGUCUCCAGAACCAAAUCUUGGAGGAAGUGUGGAUGGUAGCAAUAACAGUGAAAGCCCAAGAAACGUAGAGACUGGACAGAGGUGCUUGGAAAUUCCCCGUGCAGAGGAAAGGCCCAUUCCUACUAGUAUUCAAGAGAGAAAAUUGACAUUUCAAGAAUUGCUAGAAGAACAGAUACGAUUGGAAGAACAGCGGCUUAUCCAAAAGGGAAAUAGAAAGGAUGUUGGAAGAUCAACUUUUCAGCGAGCAGUUCCCAAGCAGCCCUUUCUGAAACGAGGCGAAGGCUUAACCAGAUUUGCUGGUGCCAAAUCUAAAGCCGCUAAGCAAAAAGAGAGCAAAAUAACUGUUCAUCCAAAUCCUUCAGAAGCCAGCAACACAGUUAAAGCAGACAAGCCGCAGCUUCAUAGGAAAAUCGCUCCUUUAAAUAAGGAGCACAUUUCUGAUAAUUCUGUGCCUAAAAAGGGUAACCAGUUUGCUAAGUCAAAGAAGGGUUCUGCUCUUCCUGCUCAGAAAACAGCAACACAGAGGAAUAGCACUGGGAAAGGUACUCCUCUGUCUACAAGACAAAACUCCAGUGAAAAGAAAGUUGGACCACUGAGGGAUUCUGUUGGGGCAGAGAAAAACAAAGAAAACUUAAUAGAACUUGCAAAACUGAACGAAGCAGGCAGCAAGUCAUUUGGGGAAACGCAGCGGUCGCCAGCAGAGUCGACCCAAGCGCUCUGUCAUCCCAGAGGCCUUUCCGAUUGUUCUGAAAAAGACUCAGAGCUCUCGUUUGAACUGUCUUUCCAGAAGAAGUUAAAGAACUGGGAUGCUGAUAAGGAAAAAGAAAAAAUCGAACUGGAUGAAUUUUUGUUUCUAGAGCAAGCUGCGGAUGAAAUAUCUUUUGCUAGCAAUUCCUCACUUAUCCUAAAGAUCUUGGAUCAAGGGCAGCAGAUUUCCACAGGACACAGAAUGUCUUCUACUCCCAUCAAGUCGAAGCAGCCACAGCAGAGGUUGGAAGCACUGGAUGUUACAGAUGUGCACAAGAGAGAAGACCUUCCUUCCCAACAGGCUAGCAAGGAGAGGGAUAGAGGCCCAGCUGCUGAAUCACAGGCACCCGUCAUACUGAAGGAUCAUCUAAAUAAAGCUGAUACUGAAAUGCUUUGGGCCUUCCCCACUGCUCAUUUUCAAGAUUUUAGAAAUACAGGGUGGGACGAGGACAACUCCGAUGGGAACAGCGAGACGACUUCUGACUCGGAGGAAGAAUUCGAAACUACUAUUAAACUCGCAAGAGAGGAACCCAAAGGGCUUGCCUUGAAUAACCGAGGCGGUAGUCCAGCAUACUCUGAGUGCAGAGGACAAGAUAAAGGCGCAAGCAGGGGUGCCAAUCUCAAUUUGCUGGAAAAAGAUCUUACUAGCAGCCAAUCUAGUGAGAUAAUUGCCGACAGUGCCCCUGAAUCUCAAAGCGUAUGCAGUGCGAAUAGGAAUAAGGUUGAAUUUGAUGACGAAAGAUCAUGGUCUGACUUUGAAGAGCAUGGGAGACUGCACGCCCAAGUACCAAGCAUUGAUGUGGCUGUUAAAGCACCUCCACCCACUGACCAUUCUGCUUGGACUGAGGCAUUCUUCCCAGAUAAAGUGACAAAGAGGAAGAUCGCGACAAUGAAGAAGGGGGAUGCUCUGGCCAAGCCAAGUGUAGCAGAUAGUGAGGUCACUGCACCUCCCACAACAGACCUGAUGUUGAAGCUCUUUCCUUCUCUGAGGCUCAAACCAAAGGGAGAUGUGCAACAAAGGCCCGAGAUCAAGCCCAACAUGGGUCAGGGAGAACCAGCAGACACUGCUCGAUCCCAGCUUCUGAGAGAGAAGCUUGUUGAAUUGGAGACAGAAAUUGAGAGGUUCAGGGUGGAAAAUGCAUCUCUAGCAAAACUUCGAGAAGAGCAUGAGAGUUCUUUGGAAAAUCUCAGGAAAGAAACUGUCAACUUUGAACAACAGAAAGCAAAAGAAUUGGCUCAAAUAGAAGAAAUGAAGAAAGAGGAAAUGAGAAAACUGCAGAAAGAACGUAAAGUUUUUGAGAAGUAUUCCCUGGCAGCCAGAGCCAUACCAGAUAAAAAAGAGCGUGAUGAAAUUCAGGCUCUGAAACAGCAGGUGGCAACCUUGCAGGAAGAUUUAAAACGGAGAGAAGCAAAAUGGUCAACCACCCACAUGCGUCUUAGAGACCAGAUAGAAGCUUUAACCAGAGAGAACACAGAACUACGGGAAGAGAUCAAAGUUAUGGAAAGAUUUCGUUUGGAAGCCUGGAAAAGACAGAGAGAAGCUGCAAACAAUAGGAAAGUUGACAGCUGUGGUGUCUAUUCCAAGACAGCAGCAGAGAUUGAGCAUGCACCAGCUGUAUUGCAGAAGAGUCAGAAUGUGUCUUUGGUACCUCAAGCAGAGAAGAGCAACAAAACAAACGGGAAAGGCGAUUUGCCCCCAGAAGGAAGACAUUCUUCAAGAUCUACAUUAGCGGUUGUACCUAAGGAGAGUUACUUGGACAACCCAGCAAUGACCCAUGAAGACUCUUCCAAGACUUUUAUGGUCACAAGUAAGAGUUUUCCUGGUAAUGUACCUGUUGAAACCUCAACACCAACAACUCCUGUCUACAUAGAUUCUGAAGAAGAAACACAAAAUGAAGUCAGUCACCCUGAUGGAAAGGUUGAAAAGAUUUUAAAGGAUGGUAGCCACCUUAUUUUCUUCCCUAAUGGCACACGGAAAGAAGUGAGCUGUGACGGAAAGACCACCACUGUAACCUUCUUCAAUGGGGAUAUAAAGCAAGUUCUAGAAGACCAACGAGUGAUAUACUAUUAUGCAGAUGCGAAGACUACCCACACCACCUACCCCACAGGUUUAGAGGUCCUACACUUCUCAAAUGGACAAACAGAAAAGUACUUUCCAGAUGGAAGGAAAGAGAUUGUGUUCCCUGAUCAAAUUGUAAAAAACAUAUUUCCAGAUGGGCAAGAAGAAAACAUCUUCCCUGAUGGCACCAUUAUCCGCAUUCAGCAGGAUGGAAGCAAGACUAUAGAAUUCAACAAUGGUCAAGAAGAAUUACACACAGCACACUUCAAGAGGCGCAAGUAUCCUGAUGGCACCACCAAGACCAUCUAUGCUAACGGAUGUCAAGAAACAAAAUAUGCCUCUGGUCGAGUAAGAGUUAAAGAUAAGGAUGGCAAAGUUAUAAUGGACACUUUCCCACAAAUGACAGUUACAUCCCAUUGAUCAC